UAGUGUUUACGGUAUAUCCAAAAGUUUUGAGUUUAUUGUUUAAGAUUUAUCCGGUAAAGCCAAAGGGUUAGAGUAUACUCAAGGGUUUAAGGUUUACCAAGAGUUUAGAGUUUAAAAAUUAAUGAAUGUAAUUUGUAUAUUUUACAAUAAAAAAUAAAAAUUAACAGCAAAGUAGAUUGCAUUAUAUUUUGAAUUAAAUAAUGUUAAAAAGAUUUAUAGUUUUCAACCACAAAUAAUGAAUCAUAACUAUGUGAUUAUUAUACAUAUAAUAUAUAUUAUGCAUAUACAUGUCAUUGUAUGUAAAAAUUAACUAACCAUGUAAAAUUAAACUAAUCAUAAUAUUAAUAUCCGCAUAUGCGAUAAAAUAUCCGCAUAUGCGAUAAAAUAUCCGCAUAUGCGAUACAAUAUCCGCAGUCACUCCAUAGAGAGCUGGAUAUUUAAUCGCCGAGUUAAUAGUAAUAGUUUUGAUAAGCUGACAGAGUCUGAUUCGAAAAUCACCGACUGCAAUUCGUAUCUUCUUUCUGCUCAACCCAUUUCUAACAUUAUUUAUUCCAUAUUUAUUACAUAUUUUGAACUUUUUAUUCCAUAUUUUGAAAUUUUUAUGUCCUUAAUUACAUUCUGAAAUGGUAAAAGAGGGUUUCAAUGGGAAUGUAGUGAUAAUAUAAAAUAUGUUACCUAUGAAACUAUACACUAUUUAUUCCAGAUUUUGAAAAUAAAAUAUCUUCUUAAACAUACAAAUUAUUUUGGAACGUUGCAAUUAUACGUACACACAAUAAAUACCUCUAGAUACUGAAGUUACUUUGUUCCAUCUCGUCCAUGUAAAAUAUUGAGUACCAACAUUUUUUUGUACCUGAUGCUUUCUCCCAAAGGCGGUAAUAUUAUGAUAUAAAAUUCGUUACUUAUAAAACUAUGUACUACUUAGUUAAUAAUUUGAAUAUGUUUAUGUCCGUACAGAGUGCGGACCGGCCACCUAGUCUACUUUAAACUCUUUUAUCAUUAGGCCAAGAUCACUUAGUUAGAAACUCAAAGUUAUAUGCCACGCACCCUAGUUUUAAAGGGCAACAAAAAAAAACUUUUAUAACAGAAGGACAACAAUUGCUUUCUCCAUAAAUUGUUUCGAUAUGAUAUCUUCAAUGUUUAGUCUAUAUAUAAUGCUUGUUUAUAUGAUUAUAUCUAUGCAAUAUCUCGUAUAUUAAUGAUAUUUAUUUGAUAUUUAUUCCAUUUCGAUUUCGAAUCAUUUUAAUUAAUUUCUGCUAUUAUAAAUAAUGUAAUUCAUGUUUAUGGAAUAAGAAAAAUCCAUGUGUAGCAUACCCAGAAAUAAUGCUAGUUCCUGUCCUUAAAUUAAAGAAAUGGCCCAUUGGGAGGUCAAACCACCAUCUCAUCUUUGUCAUUUCACACAAGUCAACCCUAGUAAUUUACUCUAAACCAACAUUUUAAAAAUUAAAAAUCACUAAUCAAGUAAUUAACCCAUCUUCCCUUUAUAUAUAUAUAUAAACUCAUCAUCACCACCUUCAACCUCCACACACAUCUCCAAAGAAACUCUCCAUCAGACACAAUGGAAGACGACGGUUAUUACCUCGAAACCGAUCUCGAUUUCAGCUUCACCUCCACCGCCACAGACCGGACCUUCACCUCCUCAAGCGCUCGCUCCAGUCUCGCUCGUUCAAGCCUCACCUUAAGCUUCAACGACAGACUCUCCACUGCUACAACACCUUCCACCACCACUUCCGCCGCCGCGACAACGCUCCACCACCGUCGCCAAGAUCCUCACUGGACAGCAAUCAGAGCCGCGACAACGCUCUCCUCCGAUGGACGUCUCCAUCUCCGCCACCUAAAACUCGUCCGCCUCCUCGGAACCGGAAACCUGGGCCGUGUAUUCCUCUGCCACCUCCGUGACUGCCCAACCCCCACGGCAUUCGCGCUUAAAGUCAUCGACCGUGAUACUCUCACGGCGAAGAAGCUUUCGCACGUGCAAACGGAGGCGGAGAUCCUCUCCAUGCUAGACCACCCGUUCUUGCCUACACUCUACGCACGUAUCGACGCUUCUCACUACACUUGUCUCCUCAUUGAUUACUGUCCCAACGGAGACUUACAUUCCUUGCUACGUAAGCAACCUGGUAACCGGUUACCGGUUUCAUCGGUUAGAUUCUUCGCCGCCGAAGUACUCGUCGCCUUAGAGUAUCUCCACGCUCUCGGUAUCGUGUACCGAGAUCUCAAACCGGAGAACAUCUUGAUCCGUGAAGACGGACACAUCAUGCUCUCAGAUUUCGAUCUCUGCUUCAAAGCCGACGUCGUUCCCACUUUCCGAUCUCGACGUUUCCGGAGAGUUUCGACUCCGCCGUCGUCUCCGAGAAGGUUGAGGAGGAGUCGACGCGGCGGUUGCUGCUUCUCCACGGAGGUAGAGUACGAGAGAGAGGAGAUAGUGGCUGAGUUCGCGGCGGAGCCAGUGACGGCGUUUUCUAAGUCGUGCGUUGGAACUCACGAGUAUCUAGCGCCGGAGCUCGUCGCCGGAAACGGACACGGAAGCGGCGUAGACUGGUGGGCGUUUGGGAUAUUUCUCCACGAGAUGUUACAUGGAACAACGCCGUUUAAAGGUGCGACCAAAGAACAAACCCUGCGCAAGAUAGCGUCGAGUGAUGACGUGGCGUUUCCGUUGGAGUUGGAGGAAGAGGGAAUAAGAGAAGCGAAGGAUUUGAUUCAGAAGCUGUUGGUGAAGGAUCCAAUGAAGAGACUAGGUUGCGCCAGGGGUGCGCAGGAUAUCAAAAGGCAUCCGUUUUUCGAAGGGAUCAAGUGGCCGUUGAUUAGAAACUAUAAGCCGCCGGAGAUUCGAGGUCUGGUGAAGAAGUCGACGAAGGCACAUGCUUGUCACGUGACUGCUGUGUCAUCGCCACGUAGGAGGAAGUGGUUGUGGUGGGCCUUAUCGAAUUUACUGCGAAGUAAAAGCUUGAAAGGGAGUAACAGUAAGAUCCAGAGCAACAAUAAUUACUAUCAUUAUGUGGGUAAAAGCUAUAACGCGAGUCGCAAACGCGUUUAAGGCGUUUCC